AUGAGCGACAAGAAGCGCAAGCUCGUGGAGAACCCGGCCGAGGAGGCUGUCGAGCCCCAGGGCAAGAAGUUGAAGAAGUACCAGCUGGAGAGAAAGGAGAAGAAGGAGAAGAAGAAGGAGAAAAAGGAAAAGAAGCGACAGAAGCCUGAGCUUACUCCGGAAGAACUUGCUGCUGCGGCCAAGGAGAAGAAGGAACGAAAGGACAGGAAAUACAACAAGAAUAAGGAAAAGAUGGAGGGACAGAAGAAGCCUAAGACCAAGGACACUGAAGAUGUGAGCGCGGACAAAAUGGACGUCGAGUUAGAGUCCACCGAGAAGAGCGGCAAGACCGACAGGAAGGAGAAGAAGAAGGAAAAGAAAGACAAGAAGGCCAGCAAGCAGGAUGAGAACGACGCCUCCACCGAGCAGCAGCCCGCCGCCGAGGAAGAGCCCACCACUACCGACGAGGACGCCGCCGACGACUCGCAGCAGAAGAACGCGCGUUUCAUUGUCUUUGUUGGCAACCUCCCCUACUCCGCAAACACCGAGUCCGUGACGAACCACUUCGCCAAGAACCCACCGGCCUUGGUGCGUGUCGCCACGAAGAAGGAUGACCCGCGUCAAAAGUGCCGCGGCUUCGCCUUCAUCGAGUUUGAGAACUACGACCGCAUGAAGACCUGCCUCAAGCUGUACCACCACUCGACCUUUGACGACGGCAAGUACCCGCCGCGGCGGAUUAAUGUGGAGCUGACUGCCGGCGGCGGCGGCAAAUCCGACCACCGCAAAGCCAAGAUCCAGGCCAAGAACGAGAAGCUCAACGAAGAGCGCCAGCGCAACGCCAAGCAGAUCAACAAGGACAAGAAGAAGCACACCAAGGCCGCUACUCAGGCUCCCACUGGCGCCAAUGCUGUUGGUCUGGAUGGCGCGGACGAUGUGAAUGACGACAAGUAUGCGGGCGUGCACCCCAGCCGCAGACAGCGCAUGUGGUAG